AGCAAUGUAUGCAACUGCUAGUCAAUGUAUAAACCUCCACUGUCCACUGUCUACGUAGUAUUUACGACUUCCGUUAUCUGUCUUCGUAAAUAACGAGGAGCUCGUGAAUGUAUCAGUGUUGUUGUUCCUCACUGGAGUGCAUAAAUGAAUCGAGUAUUGGAGAGUUGUUGGAUAGUUUGCUAUUAGGUUGACAGCAAUAUUGUCAAAGUACAGUGAUAGCACAUUAGUGCGGACGUUGCCCAGACGUUAGAAGUGCUACAUGUAUUUCACAGGAGGCCACUAACUUGUUUAUCAACGUUACAACGGGAAGCUAGCAGCUAGCUUCAGCUGCUAAACAGAAGGCACACACAGGAGGCUGUCAUCUGAAACUGAGACCGGUUAAAGUGUGUUAAACUGAACAUUUGGUGCAUUAUUUGGGGUGAGGUUGCUCUGAAAAACAAGGUCUAUGAUGGGCAUGACCUCUCGAAUAGAGUGUAUAUUCUUCAGUGAGUUUCACCCCACCCUGGGUCCGAAGAUAACAUAUCAGGUCCCAGAGGAAUACAUUUCACGAGAGCUAUUUGACACAGUUCAAGUUUACAUCAUCACCAAGCCAGAACUGCAAAACAAAUUGAUAACAGUCACCGCCAUGGGAAAAAAGUUAAUCGGAUGUCCUGUGUGUAUCGAGCAUAAAAAGUACAGCAGAAACGCCCUCCUGUUCAACCUCGGCCUUGUUUGUGACGCCCAAACCAACACCUGUGCCCUUGAGCCCAUCGUCAAGAAGCUGUCUGGGUACCUCACAACGCUGGAGCUGGAGAGUGGCUUUAUAUCCAAUGAGGAGAGCAAGCAGAAACUUGUACCAAUUAUGUCAACCUUGUUAGAAGAACUUAACGCCACAGGAGCCUGCACCUUACCCAUAGAUGAGUCCAACACCAUCCACCUAAAGCUGAUCGAGCUGCGAAAGGACCCCCCGAUUGUGCAGGAGUAUGAUGUGCCGGUCUUCACCCAGUGCAAAGACCAUUUUAUCAAAUCUCAGUGGGAUCUCACCACUCAACAGAUCCUGCCCUAUAUUGAUGGAUUUAGACACAUCCAGAAGAUCUCUGCUGAAGCAGAUGUAGAGCUGAAUCUUGUUCGCAUCGCGGUGCAGAAUCUUCUGUAUUAUGGUGUUGUGACCUUGGUGUCAAUAUUUCAGUACUCUAAUGUGUAUUGCACCACCCCCAAAGUCCAGAGCCUCAUAGAUGAUAAGUCCAUUCAGGAGGAGUGCCUCAACUACGUCACUAAGCAAGGUCAGAAGCGUGCCAGUCUGAGGGACGUGUUCCAGCUGUACUGUGGUCUGAGUCCAGGAACCACAGUCCGAGACCUUUGUUCUCGCUACUCGCUGCAGCUUCAAAGGGUUGACGAGAGGAGGCUGAUCCAAUUUGGACUGAUGAAGACUCUUAUUCGACGGCUGCAGAAAUAUCCAGUGAAGGUGAUCCGUGACGAGCGGAGCCGGCUGCCUCGACUCUUUACCGGCUGUCACAGUUUCGAUGAGAUCUGCUGUAAAACAGGCAUCAGUUACCAGGAGCUGGACGAACGUUUGGAAAAUGAUCCCAACAUCGUGGUGUGCUGGAAGUGACGUGGAUUUUUAAACGGACUGAAAGAUAAAGAGAUGCCUCAACCAACGAUGCCUUCAAAGAUGGGAAGACUUUUCUUGAAAUACUGGUGAAAGUGAAGUAGUAUUUUGUCAUUUUUCUUAUAUUAGUGUGCGUUUUUGUUUUUGUUUUUACAAAUCUCAUCAAGAAUUUGCAUUCUGUUGGAGGUGAGGACGGUUAUAUUUAUUGAUAUUGUACAAAAUAAAAUGUGUGAUUAAUAAAAGGGAGUAUCCAUCAAUGUGACAGUUUGUCUUAAAUCACAGUGCAUUCAAAGAAUUUUACAUUUGAUGUCAUUGUGUAACCAUUAAAAAAUGAGCCUCAGAUUGAUACAGAAGUAGCUACAGAAGAUGUCAUGUUAUCAGACUGUGAAAUAAAAUAUCUUUCUAACUUAAAAACUACAAUAACGAACAUUGUCAACAUCUGUUUUCAUUUUGUUUUUACUUCUAUAAUUGAGAAAAAAUUGUACUUAGCUUGUUUAUUUUAAUGUCUUCAAUUCAGAGGAAGUUUUACUUUGUACACCACUACAUUUAUUUGACAGCUAUAAUUGCCAGUUGCUUUACAAAUCAGGCUUUUUCAUAAAAAAUACAUGAUUAGCUAGAUAAGCUGUUAAAUGCUACUCACACAUGCAUCAGUAAGUACUUUUCCAUUUGAAUCUUGAUCAUGAGUGUAGAGGACUUUUUUAAUUCCACACAAAGGCAGCAAAAAACAUCAGGGAGAAAAUAAAGCAG